CUGCAUUACGCGACAGUGCGCUGCGCUCAGCAAGCAAUUGCAGCUGGAGAGACAAUAACGCUGUCGGCAGCACAGCCCGAUCCAAACAUGGCCCAGCAGCACGAGCUACUCGACUCUUCGCCCAAUAGCCAUGGCGUUCUCAACAACGACCAUCACCAUGGCAACCAAUUCCAUAAGGAGAAUGGCAUCGCCGUGGGACACAUGGGAGAUGGCCCAAUGAAAGAGGAGCAGUUUGAUGAAGAAACAACUUUUGCACAAAAUCAUGAUCAGGGAGCGAGCACCACCUUUGGUGAGGAGGAGCAAUGCGAGGGGUCCGUGGAUUAUGCAGAAACACAUGGAGGAUCUCAGCCAGAGUCUUCUCCUGCUGAUUCUAAUUUGCAGUGUGGCGGAUCCACAGCCCCGUUUUCAACAGCUCAGCCCAAGACUGACAAUGAUGCCGAGAGACGGACCACCAAAGCACUUCCAGCAAAAACUAGAGCCUCAUCCCUAAAAAGACCUUCCACUAUCAUGAAAAAAUCCCAAGUUUCCUCCUCCAGUAGCACUCCCUCAGAACCUGUCAGUGCAGUUUCCAGGGAAACUCAGUCAAGGGCUCUGGGCAGUAGUAGGCCUCAUGCAGCAGGUACCAAGAUCCCUGCUAUGACCCCUCCUCAGUCAGUGAAAGUGGAUCCGAAGAAAGUGUCCAAAAAUGGAAAAGACUCACCUAAGACCCCUGACGCCAGUGGACAAAGCAGUCCUGGUACUCCCAAGUCUCCAGGCAGCAAGGCUCUGGGCAGCAAGCCUCCAGCAGGGAAGGAGGUGAAGAAGGUAGCGAUAAUCCGCUCAACACCCAAGUCUCCUGGCUCGCUGAAGGACCGCUCCCCUGCUCCUCUGGUGGCUGCCACCACACCUAUGCCGGACCUCAAGAGCGUGCGCUCCAAAGUCGGCUCCACGGACAACAUCAAACACCAACCUGGAGGAGGCCGGGUCCAGAUUCUUGAUCAGAAGUUGGACUUCAGUAGUGUUAAGGCUAAGUGUGGCUCCAAAGGCAACAUGAAACAUGUUCCUGGAGGUGGCAAUGUCCAGAUCCUAGAUAAUAAAGUGGACUUCAGCAACGUUCAGGCCAGAUGUGGUUCUAAAGACAACAUUAAGCAUAUUCCUGGAGGAGGCAAGGUUCAAAUUCUCGAUCAGAAGUUGGAUUUAAGUAAUGUGCAGCCUAGGUGUGGUUCCAAAGACAAUAUCAAACACACACCCGGAGGUGGCAAUAUCCAGAUAGUUCACAAAAAGAUUGACCUGAGCAACGUGCAGGCGAAAUGUGGUUCAAAGGAUAACAUCCAUCACAAGCCAGGUGGAGGGAACAUCGAGAUCAGGUCUGAGAAGGUGGAAUUCAAGGCUCAGUCCAAGAUCGGCUCUCUAGGCAACAUUGGCCAUGUAGCUGGAGGAGGUCAGAGGAAGAUUGAAUCACACAAGCUGUUGUUCCGCGAGCAGGCGAAGGCGCGGACCGACCACGGUGCAGAGAUCAUCUCCCUGGAGGAGUCACCCCAGCAGCUCAGCACCGUCUCCUCCUCCGGCAGUAUCAACAUGGCCGACCCCCCGCAGCUCUCCACGCUCGCGGACCAGGUGACUGCCUCGCUGGCUAAGCAGGGCUUGUGAUCCCCCCCCCACCUCAACCCCACCACCCCCAUCGUGCUACUUACGGACAUGCAAAAGCCACCAUACCCCAGGAACCCCACCUGGCCCCCACCCACCCCAGUCCACUUCGUCACAGAAGGAUGCCAGCAUUUAGCUCAUGCUGAGUACCCCUGGUCAUCACUGUUAAGAUUUUGUACAUCACUUAUAAAAAGCCUGUGAGUGUCCUGAUCGUCACUUACUUAUGGCUGCAAAAACUGUCCAUUUAGCUAAUACCUCUUGAGGUGAAAGAGCUCGCCAUGCUACCUUCUUCCUUUGAUAUACUUGGACAUAUUUUCUGAAACAAUGCUACAUAUUUGUAUGGUUUUUUUUUAAUUCAACAUUACAUAUGAUGGCCCCUUUGAAUCUUCAUUUGAAAGCUUUUGUUUGGUGUCUUCGUGAAGUGUUAUUUGACUGCUCCUGGCUUUACAGAUUUCGACAUACAGAGAUCAUCCUAAUUUUCUAUAGUAAGACUGUGGGAGUGUUUUUUGUUUCUUUCUUUUUGAUGUUAGGUGACGAUUGGAUUUGGAAGUUGGAGCUGUAGUUUAAGACGUCACACCAGGUUUGUUUCUGGAAGAAAAGCUGUCUUCAGAAAAUUUACACAGUCUGUCCUGAUUAUACACUGUCUGGCCAAAAAAAAGGUCACAUACUCUAAUAUUUUGUUGGACCGCCUUUAGCUUUGAUUACGGCACGCGUUUGC